AUGUUACGUUCACUACUUGCUUUUAGCAAGGUGUCCAUAACAAUUGUAAUAUUAUUUUGUUCAUUAGUCAUCUCCAGAUGUGCAAUCCCCCAGAAUGUUGACUUCUUUCGGUUUGAUUUGGAUGCAAAUCGUUCUUUGCGUACACCACGUCAAGAGCCUUCAGCUGGUUUGCAAACUGAUGCUCGAAUUCCAGGUUCAUCAGUUGCUUCAGCUCCUUUAUUCCAGCCGAUCAACAAUGAUUUGCCUUCUCAGUUCAAGUUUUCUGAAAAAGACAAGGAAGCUGUCGACAAGGCUACAACGUUCACAAAUUCCUUAUUAGAAAGACUUGGCCUGGCGAGUAAUCAAAGAGCAGAUAAUCAAAAGGAGCUCCGCAGGCAUCCAGCACCUGCAUUCUAUCAGACAGAUGAUCUGAAUGGGCUGGGUGCCGAUUUAGCUUCAAAUAGGAUUGAUUUACAAGGAUUGGCAAGUGGACAAAUUCCAGGCUUGGCGCCGAUUCCAGUACCAGGGUUUGCUGGUCCACAGGAUGCUCCCACCGUUCCUGGUGUGAAUACUAUUCCUGGUCUGAGCAAUUUUAAUUACAUUGUUGGGCAACUUGUACCUCAAAUGAUUCCUCCUACUAAUACAUUAUUAGGGUCAUCCAUUUCACGUCUUUUGCCCAAGGAUGCAACCAAAAAUCUGGCGAAAAAUGUAUUUAGAGCAGUUCAUCCUGCUGCUGAAAAUGUUGAUGUGGCUCGAAUGAUGGGUCGCUGGUUCCAGGUAAUUACAAGUCCUCAUGUCAUUCGUGAAGCAUGUACUGUCUCACACUUUGGCGCCCUUACUAACAACACAUAUUCUGCAACAUUUACUAUUCUCAAGUUCUACAGAGAGGGAAAUUCAAACGGGCCACCAAGAUUCUCUCUGGGUUAUGGUUUUAAAGCUGGGGAUACAGGACAAUUCUUACUUCAUUCAAGUAAUUCGCCUGACGUUGUUUCAAAUUGGGUUCGCUAUCCUGUUUUCGUGAUUGCUCGUGAUCCAGAACGAUUUCAUCAAUCCCAUAUGAAGCAGGUACUUCAAUUCCUAGAAGAUAACAAUUAUAUCAAUGUUGUUACUAAAGCAUUCAACCUGAUCUCACCAGUUGACUAUUCACAGUUAGUGAAAUUAUUAAAAAGAUGUUUGUAA